AGCGAGGCAGUCGUGCGCGUACCCUUGCACCGUGCUCGUCAUAUCGCGUGUGUCGGAUAUCUCCGUGUUUUUCACUCUCCCAUAAGGAACCUGUACACUUGAUGCGAUAAGAUAAAGUCGACUCGUUUGUCCCCGGUUCAUUGAAAUCUCGCAUGUCUGACUUUAUCCAGAAUUACUUUAUCCAAGAGAUGAUGAGGAGCUCUUGCUCCAGCGAGUUUCGCGCAAAUAGAUGUCCAAGUGUCUGCGGAGUUUGCAAUAGUUUUCGAAGGCUACACCAAAAGUCCUAAUGAAAUGUGUCUUCGCUUAUUCUGUGCACACGAGAAAAGUUCCUCCGGAGAUUGUUUGGAUGAUUGAGAGACUUCAAGUUUCUUUUCCGUACCGUUUCGUUCCACGCAGUGCCUUUGCAUUUGACAGAGACAGGAAGGAGAUACCGAGCGUCUCGUUAAAGGAAUCACGAUAUUGCGAGAAAGCACACGAUAUCAGUCUUGUAGACUAGCGUACGAUGAGGUAGAUAAUAUAUAUGAGAGCGCAAGACUGCAGGUGGAACAAGCGGGGCAGCAGUUAUGACCAAGAUAAGACUGGAGUUGUUGGGGUGCGAGGCUCUUCCUCUGGAAGGGAUGUACCGAUCGCAGCGGCACGACGUUCUAACGCCGCAGAGCAGCCCGGAGUCACGCAACGUUCGUCAGGAGCAACGUAACGGAGCGGAUCGUCUCGAUAGCGUCGCUUCCACGAUAACCCGCGGCGGCAUGUAUCCCUUAGAUCAGCCUGCCAUCGAGCUCGAUCAUCUGCCCAUGCAUCAUAUCCCGGCGAUCCUUCAUCCCACGAUACCAAAAUGCGGUGGAUGCCAGGAAGUUAUUUUGGACAAAUACGUUUUGAGGGUUCUCGAGAGAUGUUGGCAUGCAAGAUGUCUCACGUGUCGGGAUUGCGGUGCCAGGUUGACCGACAAAUGUUUCGCGAGAAACGGCCACGUGUUCUGCAAAGAUGACUUCUUCAAGUGUGGCAGGCGUUUCGGGACGAAAUGCGCGGGCUGCGGCCAAGGCUUGGCGCCUUCGCAGGUGGUACGAAGGGCCCAGGAAUUGGUCUACCACCUGACGUGUUUCUCGUGCGCCCUUUGCUCCCGGCAACUGGACACCGGUGACGAGUUUUAUCUCAUGGAAGAUAGGAAACUCGUCUGCAAACCCGAUUACGAGCAGGCCAAGGCGAAAGAACUGGCAGAUGGGGGAAGCAUAGACGGUGAUCAACCUAAUAAAAGGCCACGAACAACGAUCACGGCAAAACAGCUCGAGACUCUCAAGCUGGCGUACAACACUAGUCCAAAACCAGCGAGGCACGUGCGAGAACAGCUGUCUCAGGAUACAGGCCUCGAUAUGCGUGUCGUUCAAGUCUGGUUUCAGAACAGAAGGGCAAAGGAAAAGAGGCUAAAAAAGGAUGCUGGCAGAACAAGAUGGUCUCAGUACUUCCGUAGUAUGAAGGGCAGUGGUGGCGGUCAUUCGCCUAGACAUGAUAAGCUCCUUGAUAAGGACGAGUUGAAGGUAGACUUGGACUCCACCUUUGGUCAUCACGACUUGAGCAAUGACAGCUACGGAACGGUGGUCAAUAUGGGCCUGGACGGCGAGGGAGCGAGUCCAGGCGGUGGUGGAAACGGAGGCGGGGGUGGACCACCUCGCGGAUAUCUGGGGGCAACGACACCCCCGUAUCUCUCAACGUCCAGAUCGCCGUCCUUACCGCCCCAGUUUCCGUACCCGCCCGAUGCUGGUCUCUCGGUGUACACUACUCUCGGGGGACCAGGCGGCAUGGUGCCAGGACCAGCAUCCGAUCUGAGUAACGAGUCGAGCGGUGGCGGCGGCGGUGGCGGUGGCGGAGGAGGCGGUGGCGGAGGUGGCGGCGGCGGUGGCAGCGGUGGCGGCGGCGGUUAUCCCGACUUCCCACCAUCGCCGGAUUCCUGGCUCGGCGAGCCUCCACCACCGCACGCGCAUCAUCAUUCUCAUCCCCAUUACGCCACAUAACCCGCCAAAAGCGCGCGUCGCCAAAUACCGUAUAGAAUAACGUGCUGUCGGCGCGGGACGUAUGUUUGAAAUCAGCGACGUCGUCGUCGUCGUCGUCGUCGUCGUCGUCGAAGAGAAGUUCAUCUUUACCUCGAACGAAAGAUUUUUCGAAAAUUUUCAAAAUCCAAGAUUUGAACGCGUUCGAUAAAUGUCUGAAUUUAUUUUAGGGUCUUUAAAUGCAGGAUUUAUAUGUACAUGAAAGAUCUAGAAAAGCGAAAGCUCGGUUUCAUUAUUUAUUAAAUAUAAGAAUAAAAUUAUUUUUUUAUAACAUCACA